CAAGCCAAAUGCAACUUAGGUGUUCCAUCUUCGCAGGUGUGCGAGGUGGUAGCACGAUUUCAUAAUGGCUGACUGGGGAGCUUGGAAAAACUCCAGCCCUGCGGGGAAUGAGCUGCUCUCCCUGUACAGUAACUGUUCCCAACUUAGCCCCUCCCUCUACAACAACCUAUGUGUGAAUGGCAGCUUUACCCCAUCUCCAUCCAAACUGGAGAGUAAAAUGAGCUUCUGUGACAAAGACAAUAUUGACCAAUGUGCCUCUAUACUUAAUCAAGAGCUGAUGAUGCUGGGCUUACAGUCUGUCUAUGGUGCGGAGUCUGAUGCUGUGGAUCUGUGCUGUCUGAUCAACUGUUGUCAUGAUCUCAUUACACAACAUCACAAAGCUAUGCAUGAGAAAGAGGAGCUGGAGAACAGGUACCACCGUUUGCUGUCAGAUUUGGACCAAUCACAGACCCUGCAGGCACGCCUAAAGGCAGAUUUAGACCAGAGUCAGCGGCAGUGUGCGCAGUGUCAGGAGAAGGAACGACAACAGAGUGCUAAAAACAGAACACUAACAGCCAAACUCAAGUCCGAAAAGGAGGAGGUGAAAAGGUUAAAGUCUGUGAUGACAAGUCGAGAUUUACAAUACAAACAUGAUUUGAAGAAGAAAGAAAGAGAGGCAAACAAAUUGAAAGAAAGGCUACAUCAAGUGCUAAUGGACAAGAAGCAUGAACGUCAGAUAGGGAUGAGUAUCGCUAAUGCUGUACAGAGGACAGACGGUAGACGGAGUACCUGGAGAACUGGCACUAACAAACAGGAAGAAGAGAUGUACCGCUCUGUGAUAUCAAACUAUGAAGACAGGCAACAGAUACUGAUGCUAGAGAACGCCAAACUCCGAGACACUUUACAGAGCAUGCAAACCGAGAUUGUGUCACUGUUGAAUCAGCAGGACUCUCCUCUCAAGGCCUCUGUACAGUCGGAGUCCCCUGAAGUUUCACUCUCCUGCAGUGAUGAUGAUGUCAGUGUUGGGGCCUCAGAGUGCUCUGUGCUGUCUACUGAUAAGCUAUCUGAAGGCUUGUAUCAAAUGCCUUACGACAUGGUCCAAAAAGAUAUAGAGAAAAAUUUCCAUGAUACUUGCCGUAUGUUGAAAGAAGUUGUCAAACAUUCCAAGAAAAAAAAACUAUCAGUGCCUGUGAAAAAGAGCAAGAACACAUCUAAUGGAGAAAUAAAAAUGUCGUCAACGCCUGUGUCCAAUGGGAUAACCUCUAGAGAGAAUGUGGAGGAGUUAGUGGAUAAAUUGACAAAAUACAAGUGGCUGGUGAAGGAACAAGAGGAAUUUAUACAACAAUCAUUACACAGUCAGUCUCAGUCUGUGGAGAACUCGUUUCUGCAUGACUCCCAGCUGUUACAUGACAAGGAGAGUCUGGCUGAGGAACGACGACGCUUGUAUCAGGCUAAGGCCAGGUUUGAGGAUGAGCGCAAACAGCUGACUGAAGCUGCCAUACGGCUCAGCAGACAGAGAAAAGAUUUAGAAGAUGAGAAGGCUCGUGUAUUACAGCAGCAGUUUCUCCAGUUUUCUCCCUUUGUUUCUGACAGCGAUCGAUCCACCGUGCUCAAAUCAAAAGAGGGUAGCCGCCUGCUUCCGUCCACACCAACCUACACCACCUCUCCCUCCAUGGUGGUCACAGGCCCCUCCCCUACUGACCUGUACAGAGCCAUGGGCCUGAAUCACCAUGUCUCACAGAAAAUUGGGAACGUGAACAGUAAACCCCCGAUGAGCCCCCAGAUUAGCAAAGCUCCGUCCUCUGGAAGCGUGACGACAACUGAGGCUCCCAUGGGAGCCAGCCCGUGUAAGAGGAACAGCUCGGGGAGUAUCAAACUUUCCCCCAUGCCCUCUGUGGAGAACAUGUCUCAUAGCCUGGACAGUCUCAAGAAAACCCUGUUCAAUGGAAAGCCCAAAAGGUCCAGUAGUAGACAAAGCUUGAAUUGAGUAGGUUAUUUCAAAAAGAGACUAUACCAGACAUUUUUGGCUUAUAAUACAUUUUUGCUAAUCAAAUGUUCUCUGUUUGCCAAGUAUAGCUGAAGUUAUUGCCUUGCAGGAAACAUCAGAACUUGUACCUGUUCUAUUUACAGUGGUAAAAUUCUAAAGUUUGAAAAAGUUAUAAAGCAAUCUCACAUGAUAGAUUUAUCAAACUUUAUUACCAAUUUUCAACUGUAUCACUUGCACAGAUAUUUUGUGAAAGGUAGUUAUGUAUUUGGGCUAUUCUAAAAUAAUAGCAAACAUUGGAUUAGAUCUUUGUAGAUAAAUGUUUUUGCCCCAAAAAUCUCCAGUAUAGUCUCUUUUAAUUCUUGUUGGAUUGAAAGUGCAGGAAGAUUAUGAAAGGUUUGAAACAGUUCCUGUAUAUGCAAAAGCUGUUGAGAAUAAUGAUGGAGAACUGACAUGAUAAAUGUUUGCGAUGUUCAUCGUUGAUAGUUGAGGAAAAAUUGUUGGGUGUUUGUGUUCUGGUUGAAUGCCUUAAGUGUCUGAUUUUGCUACUGUUAAGAAAUUGAAAGAUUUGUGAUAAUGAUAAAGAUAUUACGAUGAUUUGGGCAGUCACAUUCCAUGAAUGUCGGACGAUGGCUUAUGUUACCAACUGAGAUAUAUUUUUGUUGAGUUGCCAAAAGAAAAACUCUGAUAUUAAAUGAAACAUUGCCAGAAUUAAUAUUGACUCUUAAAAUUGAAGAUUUUUGAUACACCAUGGUGAAAAUAUUUUGUAUUUCUACAAAGAAAAACUGAGUACGGUCAAACUGGUACACUUGAAUUUGAUAAUGCUUAUAUCAUUGCAGUAUGCAUUUCCAUAAACUGCUGUAAAGUCAUCAUAUCAUUAAGGAGUAUUUAUAUUUUUGUUCAUUAGCAUCUGGAGAGCACAUGUGUGUACAUGUCGAAUAAUAGCCUGAGUUAGCUUGUAAAGGGUGCCUCUGAGGUUGACCUCUCUUUCAAGUUGCCGAUUUUCAUCCACUUUUAUAACUGAUUAAACGUCAGACGUCUGAUUUGCCGAUAUUGAGUAAAUUUCUAAUUCAUAAGGCGAAAAAAGAUAAGUAUUUAUUCGGAUGGUAAAAGGUGUUUAUAAUUUCUUUAUGCAAAUGUGACUAUGUAAUGCCCAGAAUAUAUUUUGUGAUAGGUUUCUUCCAGGUACAUAUCCAUUUUGAGCUGUAUUUGCUUUGCACAGUGAUGUUUAUAUUGUUUGAUACCUGAAUAUUUGCAAUUAUGAAUUCAUAUCUCAUGUUUAUAUUGAACUACGAGGACAUUUUCUUCUUAUUUGGCACUGAUAAUCUACUUUUUUUAUUAUGCAUUGGGUUGUGAUUACGUUUGUAGUUAUUUACUUUAGUUUGUAUAUUUGAUCUCAUUCACAAAUAUUAUGUAUACUUGUUUGACUGUUAGUUUAAAUUAUGUGUGCUGGCUGAAGGCCUCGGAGCUUACCACGUGAUGUUGUUGCAAAGCCCCAUGACACUGCACGAAACCACUUGGCGACAGAAUAACGUCCCUUUGUGGCACAGCUUUGUCACAGAACCAUAAUCAGAUGGGAAAGCUUUACAUGGGCCAUUAUAUAAGUUAAAAUUUUAUCCAUGAAGAUCAUGGGGAUAAUCUUUUCAAAUAUUCCUUAUAGUGGCUUUGAUUUUUCUUUAAGUGAUUCUGUCCACUUUCUCCUGAGGGGGAUAGACAGCCUGCCUUAAUCUGACUGAUGAGCGCCUUAAUCUGUCUUUUGCAUCCUCUUAAGCAGCUCUCAAACCUUUGGCCAGCAGGGCAAGGUAAUAGGCUGUUGCAAAAUCCAUCUAACUUCCAUGCUAUUUCCAGUAAGUUGAUUUGUGCAGAUUUUCCAGGCGGUCUCAGUCAGUGGUUAAUUGAAAAGGUCAGAUCAUCAAAUCAAAAGCAUUACAAAGGGACUCUGUUGCAAAGUUACGUCCGGGAUAUUUUGUUAUGAUUCUGAGGUUCAGUGAAAGGUGUGCAAGCUUGGUCUAUAAAAUGUACACAUGUUCUUUAGUGAAGUACAUUCCAGCUGUGGUUGAAAUGUACAGUUCGCUUUUUAUUGACUCCUUAUUUUUGAAGGGGUUGUCACAAAAAUGCAUUUAGCUUUUUAGUUGUCAUUUUCUUACAUUGAACUCAUUAUAUUUGUUAAGAACUUUUCCUGUUUGUCAAACAAAAACCAAUCGGCACAUUUCUUUUUUCCAAAAUUGUCAACCAUGGGAGAUUCACCAAAAAUCAAAAGCUAAUAAUUUGCAGACUCCGUAUUUUUUUAUUUUAGCUGCUGAUGAAAGGAGCCUGUUUUGCACAUGAAGCAAGUGCCACACUUUUUAUGUGCUGCUUAAACAUUACUUUAACAUAGCAUAGGGCAUGCUGUACAGCUUGAUGUUUUUUUUAUCUCCGUAUUAGAUUUUAUUAUGAAGGGCCCUGUAACUCUGAACUAUCAUAGAUUAAGUUUAUGGUACAUGUAAUUACCAUGGCAACAUACCUGUGUUCAACCUGUGUUCUUAUAAUGGCUAUAAUCAGCUUAGCCUUAUAUUGCUAUAGUGGAACAUGGCCCUGUUACAGUUGUUAUGUUGUUAUCACCUUUAACAGCCUUAUGGAAUUCUCAAAAGCCCCCAAGAGACCUCAGCCACUUCCACAAAUCUUCAAAACGUUGUGUUUCUCGUAACUUCUUUUUCACAAAUGAUGCCUUGGUUAUAUCGCCAUGACGUGAUGUUUGAGGAAUGUUGCAAAAAUGAUUUAUGUCAUUUUUUGAAAAUGUGUCCUAACUGUUGCCUAUGGGAGCCACACACUUACACAAGAGCUGGUUUGACAGUUACAGAAAUACGCAAGGAGCUUAAGUACAGGUAUAACGUUGUAGUUACUUCGUGUUUUGAUUUGUUAUUGUGCUAGGUGAUCUGAUAGGACAGAUGACUUAUUCUCUAAGGAUUUGUUCAUUUUGUGCCCAUGUGGUCAUGUAUCGCUUGUGUGUCUCUCUAUCAAGACAGAUUCUCUGACUCAGGUUACAUGUAUGAGUACAUACUUUUUGUACACGUCUUCAGUGUUCUGAGAAAACACAUGGGCUAUCAGUCAUUAUUAUAAUAAUAUGAACAUAUUUAUCUUUGUGAUAAUGUUAGGCAACAUCUCGAAUUUUGUAUUAUGCCAAUAUUUUGUUUUACAUUCCCUGUUUGGAGUGGCCAAUGUUUUGUAUCAAGGACAUUGUUUGUAUCUUUCUAUCUUGUGGCAUUUUGUCAUUGUAAUGUACUUGUAUUCUAUUUUAGUUGCGGUUGUGCUUUGUCUUUCACUGUUUCUUUCGGUUUUCUUUUCUUUUUUUUUUUCUUAUUUCUUUUUUUUUUCUUAGUUUCAAGUAGAUUUGCUCUCCCAUUUUGACAGGGGUUUGGUAAUGCCAUGCUAUAUUGUUGCCACUGUCCAUAGCUAUUUAUGUGUACUAGUUUAUGCCAUGGUAUUGUGUUGCUAUUGUUGCCACUGUCCAUAAAUGUCUGUGGUACAUGUCUUAGUUUGACUGUUCCAUGGUAUCUUGUUGCUAUCAUUGCCUCUCUCCAUAUGUGUUCAUUCCAUACCUGUACUACUUUGAUUAUUCCAUGGUGUCCUGUUGCUAUCCUUGCCACUGUCCAUAAAUUCCGGUCUGUUUCAGUUGCUGCUGUAUGAUAUGCCUCAUUAUAAGCUGUUACUUUAGUAACAUAACAGAAGUUGUCAUCGUCGUGUAGGACCAGACAAUUAUUCUUACUGGAUAAAGCAGAAAUUAGACUGUAAAGAAUGCUCAUCUAUAUUGCAACAACUGAUAU